CUAAAAACCUAAACCCUUCUGCUCACUCUCCCUUUCAGUUCCCGUUCCCUUUCCGUUCCCGCCGAGCUUUUACCAGAAGCAGCCAUGGCCUCCAUCCUCUCCAAGAAGCAGAAGCAGAAGCAAAAAAGCACCAAGCUUUCCGACCUAAAAACACUAGGGAACCAGCUCCUCUCGUCCCGGGCCCACAUCAACAACCUCCCUAAGCUCCUCUCAUUCGUCUCCCCGGCCUCGCCGCCCCAGUUCUUCCUCGAGUCCCUCCUCUCUCUCCAGUCCUUCUUUACCCCUCUCCUUCUCGACCUACCUCCCUCCUCCUCCAAGCCUUCCGCCGCCGAUGGCUCCCAUGACGACCCCGACUUCAUAUACCGCACCUGGCUCCGCUCCAAGUUCGACGAGCUCGUUGAGGCCCUCGUCGAAGUCCUGCUUUCGCCGCAAUCUGACGAAACUCUCAAGGAGGUGGUGUUGGACACGAUAAUGGAGUUUGUGAAGUUCGGAAAUGGCGGAAAGUUUCACUCUGCAAUGUACCAUAGGCUGCUUCGUAGUAUUGUUUACACUACGGAACCGGUUAAUUUGUUGUUAGACUUGCUCUCAUCCAAGUAUUUCAAGUAUAUCGAUGUCCGUUAUUUUACCUACAUUAGCUUUGAAAAGCUUGCUAAAAUUCUGGAUGCAAACGGCAUUUCUGAGGACAAAAACGUGAAGAAAGACGGCAGUGAUGGGGAGCAUCCCAGCAAAAGCAUGGAUCAAGUAAUUCACAAGAUUCAUUAUUUGAUAUCACACAUCCCCUCUCUGGAAAGCUCAGUUGAAAAAACUGAUCAUGAGAUGUGGAGUGGAUCAGGUGAAUAUGAAGGGCUUGCUGGGAAGAUGAAGGCAGAUGGUAAACAGCACAAGACUGAGAAGCAGAAGGAUAAGGUCUUGUCUGCAGAUAUUGCCAAAAAGAUGAAAUUGAAAUUUACUAAAGCAUGGUUAUCAUUUCUAAGGUUACCACUUCCAAUUGAUGUGUACAAGGAGGUUCUUGCCACUCUCCAUCAGGCAGUCAUUCCUUUCUUAGCUAACCCCGUCUUGUUAUGUGACUUCUUAACUCGAUCAUAUGACAUUGGUGGUGUUAUUAGUGUCAUGGCUCUUAGCAGUCUCUUUAUCCUCAUGACACAACAUGGUUUAGAGUACCCCAACUUUUAUGAGAAACUUUAUGCAUUACUGGUUCCCUCUAUUUUUAUGGCAAAGCAUCGAUCAAAGUUUUUCAAGCUUGUAGAUGCUUGCUUAAAAUCACCACUUCUUCCUGCAUAUUUGGCUGCUGCUUUUGCCAAGAAAUUGAGUAGGCUGUCAAUCUCAGUUCCUCCGUCUGGAGCAUUAGUUAUUAUUGUGCUGGUUCAUAAUCUUCUACGGAGACAUCCUUCAAUCAAUUGCUUGGUGAAUCGGGGAGGUGGUGGUGAAACUGUGAAAGAUGAUCCAGAAGCAGAACAGAGGGCUGCUGAUGGCGCCGAUGGCACUGGAACUGGUUCAGCAGAUAAGUCAAUCAAAAAAUCAGGCAUGGAUCCUUUUGAUAAUGAACAAAGUGAUCCUAUGAAAUCAAAUGCCAUGAGAAGCUCACUUUGGGAGAUUGAUACCCUCCGUCACCACUACUGCCCUGCUGUUUCAAGGUUUGUUUUGUCACUCGAGAAUGAUUUGACAGUCAGAGCCAAAACUACUGAAAUAUCUGUUGAAGAUUUUAGCUCAGGUUCAUAUGCGACAAUAUUUGGAGAGCAGGUGAGACGAAGGAUAAAGUCGGCUCCACUAGCAUACUACAAAGCAGCUCCGACCUCUUUGUUCUCAGACUCCGAGUCUCAGUUUCCCGGUUGGACUUUCACGUGUGAAGACAGUAAGCGAAGGAACGACAGCGCUGAUGAGAACGGGAAAAUAGAUAAAGAACGUGACCAUAGUCCGGUCAAACGACAACGCGUCAAGUGCUGAUAACCGAAAUGUACUCACUCAAGGGGGCUGGAAUAUGCUCGUGAAUCAUAAGAUUUUGAGCAACAACGAUAGAGUUAUAGGUCUAUGACAAUUUAUCAUUGUACGUGUAUUUUUCUUUGUGUAUCCUUGAUACCUUAAAAUACCCCGUAAUGACGUGGUCUACAAGUUUGGCAUAAUUAGUAAAUUUUAGACAUUUUUUUAGUA